AUGUUUAGACAGAAACUGCGUCCUCAUAGGCCGUUCCGUCAGACGGCUACGGUUCAUGGUAGCCAAACAAAGACAGUUCAGCGCAAUAAAUGGAUGAAUUUCCGAUCUAUUAUUACGAGAUGGGUACCUCUAGGAAGUGCUAUUUACGUCGGUUGGUGUUAUAUUCGUGCGAGCAUCAAUUACGAAGUGUCAAAAGUCGAAAUUUUAUUCUACGAGAUGUUUCCUUUCCGUGUUACGAGCAGAAUUUGGGGGAAACUGGCUGCUUGUGAGCUCCCAACGUCUUUACGAAGUUUUGUCUACGGUACGUACAUUAAAAUGUUUAAUGUGAACUUGAAUGAAGCUGAAUUUACUGAUCUGAGGUAUUACAAAAGUUUAUCCGAAUUUUUUACGAGACCUCUCAAAGAAGGUGCGAGGUAUAUAUCGCCUUGCCAUUGUGUCUCGCCCUGUGAUGGUGUAGUUUUAAACUGUGGUCCAGCAGACACAGAUAAAAUAGAGCAAGUCAAAGGAGUCACAUACAGCCUAGAAGAAUUCCUUGGAGAAAAUAAAUGGAAUAAAAGAAAAGAUGAUAAUUAUUACAACUCUUUAUUAAAUAACAAAGACAAUGUGUUACACCAGUGCAUCAUAUAUCUGGCUCCCGGAGACUACCAUCGGUUUCACUCACCAUGCGACUGGACGGCUACGUUCCGAAGGCAUUUCUCUGGCAAACUUCUAUCUGUAAAUCCAUGGCUAGCGAGACUCAUACCUGGUUUAUUUGCCAUCAACGAGCGAGCAGUUUAUGUAGGAGAAUGGAAGCACGGUUUCUUCAGCAUGACCGCUGUCGGAGCUACAAAUGUUGGCUCAAUAGAGAUAUACAAUGAUCCCGAAUUACGAACAAACACGAAAGGCAAACGAAACAGGAUCAGCGAGAUUGACUUAGGACAUGUGCAGUUGAAGAAGGGUGAGUUAUUCGGACAAUUUAAUAUGGGGAGUACGAUUAUUUUACUGUUCGAAGCUCCGAAAGACUUUAAAUUUGACAUGGCUUCGGGUGAUAAAGUCCUUGUUGGACAGGCGUUGUGCGCAGCAACGAAGGAACAGACGAGAUGA